AUGGCCAUCACCGAAUUCCAAGAGAGAGUCUACACCCACCUCGUCCUUAUUCCCCCGGGUCGUGUAACCACAUACGCUGCCCUCGCCCGCUCGCUGAACUCGAGCCCCCGCGCCGUCGGCGGAGCUCUUCGAAACAACCCUUACGCCCCGGAAGUCCCCUGUCAUCGCGUGAUUGCAAGCGACGGCUACGUGGGCGGAUUCAAGGGUGAUUGGGAAAAGGCACCCUCUGGAGUCAACCAGACCAUGAAACUGAAGUUGCUGAAGGACGAGGGCGUCGAGUUUACCGACGAGGGCAAGCUGAUCGCCAAGGGCGGCGGCAACAUAUGGUAUGAUGGCCCCUGGGACACCCAAAAGGGCAAGGCGACGUUGCAGAUAACCAUUGCGCAAAAGAACCGGGUACAAGUAUGA